AUGGGACUUAAAAAGACUGAUCAAGAAAAGUUCCUUUACAACCAACUGGAAAAUUUAAACCUUCGGACGAAAUCCUUGGUUGCCUCCGCAGAAUCCAAGAUCAAGGACUGCUCUGAAGCCACAGCCUCCUCUCUCAUGACAGCUAUCUUGACAUUAUCAAACCAAUCUGCAGACUGCUACACGGAAUGGUUGACAGUGGCUCCCGAUGAAAAAAUCGCAAGGGUUCAGAAUGAACAUAAUGCGAUCGCAAUGUCUUGUGACAACAUCCUCGUAUCCCUAAAUGCCAUCGCUGGAGAUCUUCGCAAAAGUACGCCUACAACCCCCAUCGAAGCCGAACGACCAGAGCGCCUUCGGAAAGUUGAUUUCCGGCCGUUCGAAAAGACAAAUCCCAAGAGCUGGUUCGAGCAACUGGAAGUGGUUUUCAAAUCGAUGGUCAUCAAUGGUGAAGAUCUUCGUUUCGGUGCUUUACUCAAGCUCAUGGAUGAAUCCACAGGCACUCUUCUGAGCAACAUCACGAGGACAAAGCCAUCUGAUCCCUAUUCAAAGGCAAGAGAAUUACUUAUCAGGGAAUUCACGAUAUCAAAAUACGACCGAUUGAAAGCUUACAUUCUUGACUCAACACCAGCGCCGGACGAACGCCUGACACAUUUCUUAGCCAGAACAGAUUUCCUCAUCGAAGAUGUCCUGAUUGACGACCUCAGGAAAUUUUGCGUGUUGCGUCACGCACCACCGGCCGUCCGACUGCAACUUGCCGGAUUGGAUUUCGACAAUAAAGAUGUUGGCGAACUCAUCAAAGAAGCCGAUACCCUC